AUGUUGCAGUUAGCCUACCCUCGUUUGGACAUAAACGUUACGAAAGGAGUGAACCAUCUCCUGAAAAGCCCUUUUUGCGUUCAUCCAAAAACUGGUUGUGUCUCGGUGCCCAUUGACUACGCUUCCCGCGGAGAUUUUGACGUGGAAAAUGUUCCAAGAAUAGAAGCGGAGUUUUUCCUUAUGCGAUGCAGUAACGAGCGUCGUAUAGCAAAAGUGUUGAAAAGCUGCAAAUUCAGCGUACAUCGCAAUUCAGAAACGUUUGGCUUAUGCAUUCGGCUAAAGGUUAUGGUCUCAACAAGGAUAUGCGCAACACAUAACUAA